AGGCGAUCGCCAGCUACACCAUGUGCCGAUAACUAAUCGUCUUAUCGAUGACAGUCGCAGAAUCUAACAACUUACCAUAUUUACUUAAAUUUGACUGAAUUUUUGCGAUGCUAAUGCCAGCGGAUCGCUUGGAGCACUACAAUACCAGUUUGGAGCAGCAGCUAACGCAUUUGGCCACCACCAUAAGGAGUUACUUAAGCCUUAAAUCUGCGACGACGCCUGAAUUGUCGAAUCAAGCGAAUCGGUUGUGGGAGUUGGGCCAACGAUAUCGACUGGUCAAGGGUUCCAACCAAGGUGCUACAGUUGCACUACUUUCGGUGUGCCAGGAUGUUUACCGAAGCCUGCAGGACAGCAUAUCGAAGCUGGCUUACGAGCUAGUGCAGAUAUCAGCCCAAGUAACAGACUUCGAGAUUGAGUGCCUGCAUCUGAAUCACGAGCAAAACCAAACCAAAACACCUGCGAUAUUGACCGAGUUCAGGAAUUUCCUCGAGGAAUCGCUGAAACUGCUGCAGAAUCAGGUCAAAUAUCUAGAGCUACAUCUUAGCCAGCUGCAACCCAAGUUCUCCGCACCCGAAUCCUCUUUGGAGGCCUUCAAAUCCGACCUUUACCUGCCGGAGCCUGCAGAAGCACGUAUUACCCUCGGAUUGGCCAAAAUCGAAAGGCUGUCCAGUUUUCCGCUGACUUUGUAGUGGGAAAAGCAAAUUUGCCUUUGCUAUUCAGGCUGAAUGCUGAAAGAAUAUAGAAAUGUGCAUCUCAGUGGUUCUAAACCAUAAUGUCCUAUAAAAUAUUGUAUAUUAACUAACUGAGCUGUUGACUUUUAUUGUAAAUACAUAUGUAUAUUUUCAGUGCAGCUUCGGCCGUUCCAAUAUUAAAACAAUUUUUUGCAUAAAAAAUACUGUAAGCUGACUGAAAUAAUAUCGGUAUUCCUUUACACAAAACAAUUGCCAUUUUAUUGCUUUUACUCUUUGAAAAAUGGUUUUCUGUGAAAUAUCUAUUAGUGGACCAAGAAAUAAAACAUUUCUUCGAGAUGUUAAGGUUUCCAGAACCUUUUGGCAUCGAGUUUAACCGAAAACUUUGCCUUUAUAAGGAAAUCAACGAAACACAAUGGUAAUAGAGCUGUCCAUGUGUUUUUAACCAUUUAGGAAUCAUCCACUCUAUUUGCAUUUCGGCUGUGUAAAUUUCUGUUGAUUUCCGGGGAAGCAAAGAUUUCUGCUAAAUGCAAGUAUAGAUUGUUAAAGGAAGUCGCUUGGAGACCACAUUCCAUUGGCAAUUUUCACUGGGCACUCAAAAAAAACACAAAAACAAAAAAAAAUAAUGAAACCAAAACACAGGGCUUGAUUGGUUUUCUUUUCGUACAAAGGCGGUCCAAUGCUCUCGAGAUUUAUUUAAAACACAUUUUGGCUGAUUUUCUGGCGAAUUAGGUGUGUAUUUUCAUUUGUUUAUAACGAAUAUGCAGCAGCCUCGCGCGAAUUUUCUUGGCAUUCGCUUCUUCUUCUCCACGAAAAAACAA